AUGCAAUAUAGAGCAGGUCUACAGACAGUCGAAUUUCUUCUAAGGAAAGUCCAGGGACGGUAAGUAUUCGAACAAAACAUGAUUGUGUUUAUUUUUCUGUGGUCAAAACUCUCCAUUGUUUCACUUUCCAAGGUCUCAUAGUUGGAUUGCAGCUUUUUUCUAAUUUUUUUUCUUUGAUAGAUUUUUUAGUAAAUUAGGUGAUAAGACAGUUGUUUUAUUUUAGAUGAACGCCCAUUUAAGUGCCCUCCAACUUAGAAGACUAGGACAUGACAGAAAGUUAACAAAACCAAGAGCGAACAUAGCUUUUUAUUAAUAAAAAAUAAUGACAAAAACGAAAAUUUCAAGAAACCAAUUUUACUAAUUUUUCAAAAAGAGAGACACAAUCAAAGGUGAAAGAGCACGAAGUAGACUGCAUCAAACAACGAAUGAUAAAUGUAAUGAUUACUUGGUUAAAAUAGAGUAAAUUACCCUCAGGUAAUUGAUACUAAGAUUAACCCUGAGAGUUUUCGAGCAGAAUAUAAGAAUCGGGUUUUUCGUGAGGCCGAGAUAAGCCCCGGUGGGAUACGUUCUAUUUGCCAUCGAGAGUUGUAGUACCAAAGCUAUCUUGAACAAGGCGAAAUUUUGGGCUGGAAAAUUUUUCGUAAAUUUAAUCUCAUUUAUCUCUUUCAAAUUACCAUGGCAGUUUAGAUUUAGUAAUAACACAAAGUGGCUUACAUGGAUGAAAUAUUUUACCAAAAAGUCUAAAAUGAAUUAAAACUGAAUGCGUCGGGCCUGCACAAAUGUUAGACAACAUAUUUAAUACUGAUAUUCACAUUUCUUUGCUUACAGGGAGAAGAAAAAAGUUUUCAAAGAUCCUAUCGCUUAAACGAAAAUAUUUUUGGAGUGGUAAACUUCAUUCCCUUGCGAGACCCAAGGUGUUAGCUCUUCGAACAACAGGUAACAGGUUACAGCCCAAAUUUGAGUUGACUCAUUUUUAAUUUAACAGUGGAAUACGUCGGCUAUUUUCCCGCCCUAAAGCUCUUCAAAAGGAACAAACUCACAGUUUGAGCAUUUUGGUAAAAGUCGGAAUUAUUCAAGGUCGCAAUUAAAAUGAUGAUUUCUGGGUUUUAUUCUCUGUGACCUUAACUAGUGAAGCGAUUUUGUUAAUUGUGUGCCUGCGAUUUUCUUACUGUGUCUAUAAACAUUGUCCAUAGCUACAGUUCGUUAAGGUGUAAAAAUGAGCUAUUUACAGCGAAAAAAUAUACCAGACACUAGGUAAUUAUGAGUCAGUCGAUUAUUUAUCUUGAUGAUGACUUGGUGUCGAAAACGUUUGGUUUUAUACUUUUUAAAUAUAUUUUUGCCUUGUAAAUAGCUCUCAAUAAACAUGGCUUCAAUCGACUUUCUUUGGCUGGAACGAGUCUCAGUUUUAAGCAUUUUUACAAUUCUAAAGCAUCCGUGUUUUGCCGCAAUAACUUUCAUGGUCUUAAAGCAAAUUUAAGUCAAAAAUUUAGACGACAAGCGUAAGCUUAAAUCGAGAUCGCACGCAGGACUGUUUUAUGCUGUCAUAUCGUUAGCUUACGAACUCGAUAUUGUAGUUGAGCAAAAACCCUAAGCAAUCUUCAUGACCUAAACUUUAUUUUAUGUCCCAAAGACACCAAAACCGAAACACAUUUUAAAGCUGUUUUGUUAAACACGGUUUGAAAUUUCUUUUAUUAUUUAAGCUGCUUAGCCUCGUGAUGUUUGUCGACUUCAAAUUUAUUACAAGUUAGUGUUUAAGUGAAUUCUAUGGAAAAUUUAGUUUUCAGUUCUCUGUUUCUGAUUGUCAUUCAGUUAACCCUGGUUUAACUAAAUAUAUCUUUGGCGUAGAUGAGUAUUAGACAGAAAAAAAAGACUUUAGAAAAUUUGAAAACAUUUCGGUAAAAGCGUAAUUUGUAUGCUGUAGCUGCUUUUUUUACGGGGAAGGCCUAAGUCUCAUUUAUGUGAAUGGGUACCAUGCGAAACCAUACUGAUUUUCAUUUUAAGAAAAUGACUGAAAAUAGUUAAGAAUAUGUGAAGACAAUUCUUCAGAAUUAAUGAACGUUCAUUUUUAAAAGCCUGGUCCUUGUUCUGUAAUUUUUUUAAAAAAUUAAAGUCUUUGAGGAGGUGUCUGCUUUGUAACAGAACCAUACUUAUCCGCAGUUCAAAUACGACUUUCAUAUAUUCACAGCCGUUCAGAACCAUACUCAUUCAAAGUCGUUUCCAGGGAAAUAAAAAAAGGAAUAUGGAAAGAAUAAGGAAUACAUGAAAAAACCUUCCUCACAAAAAUUAUCAAGGUUUAUUUUAAAAGCCUUACCCUAGUCGAGCAUUUUUAAAGAAAACUCAAGUCUUUGAAGAGUUAUCUGCUUGGUAACAGGGUAAUAUUCAUCUAUAGCUUUUAUCGCGCCAGCGAAGUCAAUUUAACCACCGACCUAACAGAAACGCAGCUGUAUACAUAUGGAGUUCGUUCAGCAUUUUAGCAAAAUACACCUGAUUUUUUCUUCCUUUUGUAUUUUUUAAAAUAUAUUUUCAAAUAAUAAAGUUGAAUAAUGAAAAUCACAGUAAGGCUCAAAUUGAGAACACCCAACAUGUUAGUACAGUUGGUUGACAACUGCUUAUGAGUUGAAAGGUGCCAGCUUGAAAAUAAAGAAGGCGAAGGCUUUGUGAAGCAAAUCUCACAAAACUAAAUAAAUAUUUCUUCUAUCAGUCUCACACGAGACUUAUUCCUAAGUCAUCUUUGUAAAUUUAGGUCAUAAUUCGGCUUUUUAACCAGAAGGUAAGGUAGUUCUAACAUAAAAAACCAGAUAUUUAGAUGUACGACAAAAAAUGUUUGAAUGCACGGAUCUACACCAGUUUAUUUUUUUUUCAAAAAGUUGUGGUAUGCGAAUGGUUACUCAUGAAUGAUGUAAAACGAUGAAAUUUAAAAUAUUUGACACAGUCAGUUAAGUCAAGAACCAAUUUCCCCUAAAACUAAGAAACGCCUGGUGCUUUGAGUUUGACCGCGUUACUCACAUCGCGCCUGUUAUGUACCAUUAACACUGGUUACCUUUAAAAGUAUCGAGUAAUUUUGAUCAAAUAGAACGAUUUUCAGGCCAUUGCGACGUGUCAUAUCUUUGAACUUACCAAAGAGACGAAAAAAAUGAACCAUUUGCCGUGCGGCGCCAGCGCUUCAGAACGGCUAAGCCAGUCAUUUAACAGCUGAGAGCAAUUUGUGCAAUUUCAAGAAAGCACCUAAAAGUUAUCUUUUUAGAUAGGCUCGCCAACAACGAUUUCCUUUGCACUGAUUUUGAUAUAAAUAUACUUUUUUCUCUUCCUGUUGCUCAUAUUAACUUAAAAUAUCUUUUUAAAAAGUUCUUCGAUUUCAAAUGUUAAGAAAGCACCAAAACUGUCUUUUUUGUUAGCGGCUCGUCUUAAGAUUUUCUCUAGUGUUAUUUAAACAAAGAUCUUUUAAAAGCUCUUCGAUUUUAAUCUUUACAUAAAGUUAAAUACAUUAUAUCAUAUUGGAUGUAUUUUGCGCUGUGUAAGUAUUGGUAAUAACAUGAUUUGGAGUGCAAUUUGGUGUUUAGUAAGCUCGAGCAAAUUUUUCAAAGACAAUGAAAUUGCACGAACCCGUUGGGCGAGUGCAAAUUUUAGUCUUUGAAAUAUUUACAAGUGCUUAUUUACACCAAAUUACACGAGAAAUCAUUUUGUUACUUAUCAAAGAUUUACAUGAAAAAAGCGUCGCAGAGAGUCGAGACAUAAAAUUUUGAUGGCGCACCCGCGCUAUUUGUAACUUACACUCGUGUUACAUAAAAAAUGUACUCGAUUUCAGCCAUUCAGUCGCGUGUACUUUUUUAUAUAUAUAUUAUUAACAAUGUUAUUAUUAGUAUCUCACUCAGAUUAUUGGUUUUGGACAGGAAAAAAAUAUUGCUAAAAAUUCAAGAAAGCUACAUCACGCUGUAUUGAUGAAAGUAACUCAGUAUAAUCAUGAAUUUCUUCGUAGGCACCACCUUUCAUUUAAAUAAAAUGGAAGUCUUUAUGCUCAUUGCAAUCUACGCUGUAUUACCCAUGUGUGUAAGCAGCACCAUUUAUUACGUGGACGCUGGAACUAAAGGCAAUGACUCGAAUACUGGACAAACCACCGACAAACCAUUCAAAACCAUUCGCACGUGCAUCAAUGCACUGAGCUCCGCAGGAGACGAGUGUCAUAUCCGUGCGGGGCGCUAUCACGAGCCACAAUUCCCUAUAGCUAAUAAAAAGGGCAGCUUGUCCCAACCUAUAAUCAUACGGGGGUAUGGAAACGAGAAUCCUGUCAUCGACGGAACAAUUCCAUUGAAGCCACGUGGAAGCUCGUCGUGGGUGCGAGGAAGCGAUGGAAUCUAUAGCGCCCAAAUCAAUCAGGAAAUCUGGCAGCUUUUCGUUGGCGAAGAAAUGAUGACGAACGCACGCUGGCCAAACGCCUUGUGGUCGGACAAGACUGUGUUUAAAAAUAGCCAUUGGGCGAAGUCUGCUUCGAGCUCAACCCGCGGAACAAUGGUUGAUAAUGGUGUUAAAGACUUGGCUGGAAGCAGAUUAAACGUAACAGGAGCAAUGGCAGUUCUAAAUAUCGGAAGCUUCAAUACUUUUACUGCUAAGGUCGAAAGUCACGUGCCUAGAAGAAGUUCCUUUACAUAUAACGACACUUUUGGAAGUAUAAAGUUCAAGCCGGCCAGUAACCAGUACUUUUUAGAGGACAAGCUUGAGUUCCUUGACAAUGAUGGCGAGUGGUAUUUUAAUCAAAGCACGAAAACUGUCUAUGUGAAGACCCCGGAUGGAGCGACCCCCGCAGGGAGAAUUCGUGGAAAGGUAAAUCAUUGAUCUAAUACUUAAUCAAGCAUGACUUGCCUAUAUAACUUAAAAAAGGAACUGGGAAGUUUCUGUCCAGCCUUGGCUGUAUGACUUUUCAUUACACUGGAAAAAAAAAGCAUUACUUUUUUUUUAAACAUAAGUGGCGAAUUGCACCUUGAAUUAUUGUGAGUCUCGCAAAAUUGUCCUCUCGAUCUCGAAAUCUAGUCAGCUGUCUGUGACAAGUCGCCGUGUUUUGUAUUUCUUGUGAGUUUCUUAAAGAUUAGGAAUUGUUUUAGAGUUGAAGAAGCCGGUGCGGAUCCACGAAUUUUUGGUCGAAAGUCCGAUUUUCUAGUCUUAAAACACAUAACCUUUUCCAAUUAUAAUAAUAAUUAUCAAAAUUCAUUUCAGUGUCAAACGUAUUUAGCUGUACGGGUAAAAGCUAAAUGAGGAAACUAGAGUCUAAAUGAGCCAGUUGGUGUUUCUAGACAAUUGUUUGAAAAUCAACUAAGAUACGAAGAAGUUCUCCUAUUUUACCGACGAAAGGGUUAUAUACUUUGACGAACUUAAUAUCUCUGGUAUUAUUUUUGCAUUUCCAACAGGAUAAAUAUGUAUCAUACGCGAGUACGUAAAAGUCGUCAUUCUGUUUUCUUCGUUCCAGGUGCAGACCUAUGCUUUCACUAUUUCAAACUGCGAAUAUCUGCAAUUCAAACAACUGACGUUUUUUGGCACCACUUUCAAAACGCUCCCAACGAGCAGACGGAGAGUUAUUGGGAACCUAACGUUUGACUCGAUCAAUUUCAACUUCCCUUCAUAUUCCAAGCGCAUGCUCGGUGUUACUGAUCCUCCACUCUGGACAUUCAUCCGAGCAUCUCGAAGGCGCAGCUUCGAGUUGAUAAACAGCACUUUCUAUGGGACUGAUGGACUCGCUCUUGAGUACUAUGGUGAUGGAGUGCUGCUAAAGAAUAAUUUAUUCGAGUACAAUGAUUGGUCUGUUACCCUCAAACAAACCCAGAAUGGUGGAUUCGGAACGGUGAUAUCACGGGGACCCAACGAUAACUUUACUCGUAACACUUUGCGUUAUAAUGGCGCUGCGCAUGGAUAUCGUCCGAAUGGACCCAACCCCUUGGUGGAGCUUAACCACAUUCACCACCAGUGCUGGGGAAAUCUGCAGCACGAUGGAGCGGGUAUCCAGUUCCAGAUCCCUUCGCAAACCAACGCUACUUGUCAGAAGAAUUGGGUGCACACGAGUCCAAAACCUGGACUGCGUUUUGAUGCAGCGAAACCACCUCGAGUUGGCAAAAAUGGUACCAUGAAAGAGAAUGUCAUUUGGAAAUGCGGUGGUAUCAUCGUUAAGGGUAACUAUCAUCAUGUACUGAACAACCUUCUCUUCCACAAAGGAACUGGGGCGAGCCCUGCUCCAGGCUGCACCUUGUGUGUUCGAAAGUACUUCCCUUCAAGGCCUUUGGUUGAGAUGAACCAGAAAACUGUGAUCCGGCAGAAUGCCGCAGAUGUUGCAAACGGUGGCAGGAGUUCAUGGCCUCUACCGGGUAUUGUGACAAAGAACGUGAUAGGACCUGUACGACCGGAAGUCAUGGACGCAGAUAAUUUAGACUUCCGGCCCCGUGUAACCUCCAAAUACAACGCGGAUAGCGUCGGACCCUACAGGUAUGAUCCCAGAAACAGAUUUUAUUGGAUUCCGGGGCGACAGCUCUACAAGGCUGAUACCCCUGUGCCCCCGAAUGGAAGUACCACUGUCAAGGUAGGAUCAAAACUUCUCCCGAAAUAUUUGCAUUAGGGCAAGUUUUGUACUUGGAAAAUGAUUGCAAAGCUUUUUCCAAACUGUAUCUUUAAUUGGUGUUCAAUUCUUUCGUUACCCUUUCCACCAAUCAGAUGCAAAAUUUAAGCCGAUAAUGGCCUAGAUAUCUGGUGUUCUCUGAGUUUUAAAAAUUUUCCUUUUCAUUGAUUUUUUAGUUGUGAACAUUGCACGUUUGGUUUUAUAACAAUCGAAAAAACGCCUAAAUAGAAGAAACUGUCAAAAACCGAGUAAACCGAGUAAGUAAAAGAGAACGAAUAAAAAAAAAGCGUCGUCCUUUUCUAUGCGGCGAAUGAUGGAAUCAGCUUAGUGUUAAGUUUUAAAAGUCUCUGACUUAGUAAGUCGGUGAAAAAGUUGCUGAAAAGCGUUAGCCCUUAAUCAGAGCGAACAGCGAACGGCCAACAAUCGAAACCUCAGCUUAAGAAUUCUUUACAGUGGCCAAUUUACAUUAUCAAGUCAGUUGUUAAAACUAAAUAAUUCUUGUAAUACCUCAGCACCACACUUUUCCUAGAAACUUAUUCCUUUCAUCGAAAAAAAAUAUGAAACGAGUCGACCAAUAGACAUAUUGAUGGACUGUUGGCGUAAACUAGCUCAAACAUCAUGCGCAAACGGUAGGCACCAAGAGUCUGAUUAAGAAAUUUUAUUUCGGGCGGCUGCCACUCUUUUCUUAAUACUUUUAAAGAGACCUCUUUUACCUGUAAGUACACGCUCUUAAACAUCCUACGGGUUGGCAUGCGUGGGCUUACGGACAACUGGCCUUGGCAGAUUAAACGUAUUUUUAAAACUAAAACCCGAACGAGUCGUCCUGUUGGGGACUCUAAACAAGGUCAUUUAUAAAUAGAGAGGGCGAUGACCGUCCGAGAGUUACAUCUAAUUAUAACGGUCAAGGACAAAUCACUCAAAAGCAAAACUGUACGUGUGGUCUUUCGUCACAUGACAAAACAAGGCUCUCAAGACACGCACAUGGACUUCAAGGUAAUCUUACAAGCCUGGACAAUUCCCAAACGCUGAGCCAGAACACUCCUAAUUUUAGCAGUUCAUUGUGAACAAUCACAAAACAAGGCCAGAGAUAAAAUUACUCAAAAACCAAUAAAAUUUAUGGCCAAAAUUGCACAAUCAAUCUCAAGUAAUCGAAGCAGGCUUGUCACAUUCGACUGAUGAAUCUGUUCAGUGAUAACUUCGAUUCUACUCUGGUUGUUAGAUCUUCACUCAUUAUAUCACCGAUAAAAGUAAUUUUCAGGACUAGUCCUAUUCACGCAGCCACAUCAAACAAUCGUCUACUACUCCAGGACUCAAACCACAAAUUGCUAAGCGUAAUUCCUUCUUUUCUUCCCUCUCAGUUCGACAGAGACGCAGUGAUGUGGCUUAACGCAUACAAAGCCUCCAUCCAUCAUGUGUACUUUGGUACAGACAGGGCCAACGUCGCCAGUGCAACACCGGCUUCAGCUGAGCACAAGGAGAGAAUCAUCGAUAAUGGUAACGUGCAUUACCUUACUGAAAGUCUUUUAAAAGGAUCUACAUACUAUUGGCGGGUUGAUGCUGUGAUAACUGCCGCGACUACUCAUAAGGGAGACGUAUGGACUUUUCAAACCGAGUGA